AUGAGCGAGAACGCGGACUUGGCGGAGCGAUUCGCGCUCGAGGGGAUCGCGUUUAUUGGGCCUCCGGCGAGUGCCAUCGUGAGCAUGGGCUCGAACAGCGUGUCGAAGAAUAUCAUGUCUGCUGCAGGUGUUCUGGUCGUCCCUGGCCAUCACGGGAACCAGGACCUCGACUUCUUGCAGCAAGAGGCUUUGCGCAUAGACUACCCUGUUCUCAUCAAACCCGUCCCAAGAUCGAACACCCUGAUCACCGAACUUGAUGUCAUCCAGCGGCAACUAGAGGUGGCAGCUGGAGAUGCGCUUCUUCUCGACCAGUCCUCAAUACCACUCGUCGGGCGUGCUUUCGAAUCGCGCCUAUACGCCGAGAACCCACGCAACUUCCUCCCCGACUCUGGCCAACUCGCCCACCUAUCCACACCCACGCCUACUCACAUCUUCACGGCUCCGCCGGGUGUACAACGCAUACCUCUGGGAGAAAGUAGCUCUCCCUUCAUGCUCGUCGCGAACACAUCUGCUGUCAUCGCGCCAUCACUUCGUGUCGAGCAAGGAUUCGAGCAAGGCACCCAAAUUGGCUUCUUCCAAUCGUCGACGAACAUCAAGUUCUUGAGGGCCCUCGGGGGAAACCAGGCGAUUACAGAUCGAGACGUCGAGACAGGAUUCAUUCCGAAACACUUCCACGAGCUCUUCCCACCCACACCUGAACCUCCCGAUGAAGCUCUCGCACAAGCCAUGUCGUCCUGCGCGACGAGCCAAUUCCUGCUUCCUCCAACCCUGAGACGACACUCACUUCUCGUGCUUCAACGCGACGUUUACAAGAACCAUCACCCUCCAACACAGAUCCCUCUCCCACCUUCUCCGUCACUCGCGCUCACCGUGGCGGCCUCCCUCCCGGACAGUUUCUCGCCCACCUUCGCUGCCGUAUCCGCCGUGCUUGAGUCCCCCCUCACCUUCGCCGGCGCACGUGCCCGCACGACCAUGGUCCCACCGCCCGCCCGCCGCCUCGCCCUCGCGCGCGUCCCGCUCGUCCAUGCAAGCACCACCUAG